GACCUUUUUUUUGGGUCAAAAGAAAUUGAAAGUGAUCGUAAUUUCAAUGAAGCAAGCUUGAAGCUAUUUGAAUUUUGAAUAUCGUUAGGAGGAUUCUGGUUGAGAUAGUCAGAUUCUCCCGCAUUGGUCUUUCUUAUCGGCAUAUGGGUUUUUUGGUUCUUGUUCUUGUUAUGGAGACUUAGAAUAUUCGAAACAAGUUGGACUCCGCUUUAGAUUGAAGGUUAAUGGCUCCGACUUGCAGAAUCAGCAUAAAAUGACAUAGCAUUGAGCAGGAUAAAGUAGUUUUAUGGAUACUUUUGGGUGCCGUGAUACUGUGAUACUAAUCAAGAUAAAGUUUGAUUUUUUCACCUAGGAAUCUUUGAUUGGUCUUUUAGUGAAUUAGAGGGGGGAAAAGCGUUUUUUCAACUAAGGGGCUAGAUCAAUUGGUUUCUGCUAGAAUCUGUGCCAUAGAAGUCCCUGGCAUUUUGCAGUUCAUGAGUGAUUUGGGGUUUUUGCAUGACUACUCUAAAACAAAAUCAGUGAUCCAAAUUCCUUUUGUCUGUUUAAUACAUGUUUAAGGUUUAGAAAUGUGCCCAUAGUAGAUAUAUUCUGUACUAGAUUGAGUCGAUCCAUUUUCUUUUGCUCCCGUUGAUAUUUAUUUCUAGCCUUUCUUGUAAGCUAUUUAUUUCUAUUUUGAUAUCCUUAAUAAUGAUACUGGUUUAGAUUGUUUUGGCUCAAUUUUCCUCUCCACUCUAAUAUCUGAAAAGAAAUAAGUUGAGUAGAAUUUCUUUGAGAUUUUGAAAUUUGUCUUCUGUUCUAAAGGUAGGGAAAGUGAUGCGGAUACAGAAGGCUCGUAAGAAUGACAAAACAAACAAGAGUUGGAAUGACACUGCAGUUUUAACAAGCGAUGAGCAAUUUCUAUGGAGGGAGAACAAGGAGCUCAUUUCAUCUCCGAGCAAGGAAGUCCUUGAACAAAGAUUCGUUAAGAAUGUGAUGAGCCCUCUCUUGGGUCCAAAGCAUGUUGAUGCUGGAAUGCGUGUUUCUGUGUCCAAGGAAUUCCUUGAAUCUGUUGAUAAGAAAGUAACCAAGCAGCGUCCUCUUUGGCGCGUCAAUGCAGCAAAUGUGGAUACGAGUCAUGAUUCUGUGAUCCUUAUGAAUGAUCACUCCCUUUUCUCUCGCGGGAUUUCUAGUUGUGUUGACUGCAUUAGUGUUGAGAUAAAGCCAAAAUGUGGAUUUCUUCCAACUUCAAGGUUUAUAAGGGAAGGAAACACGGUCAAAAGAAGUGUAACCCGUUUCAAAAUGCACCAAAUCUUGAAGCUGCACGAUAAUGAGGUAUCGGAACUGAGUGAAUAUGAUCCUCUUGAUCUGUUCUCAGGAUCCAAGGAAAGGAUACACAGAGCUAUAAAAGCCCUAUAUUCCACUCCUCAGAACAAUUUCCGUGUAUUCUUGAAUGGUGCCCUCUUAUUUGGUGGAUCGGGCGAAAGUAUUGGGAGAACCACCCCUGAAUACGGAGACGCUUUUGAAGAUGCACUUAAGGGCUUCAUCCAAGCAGAUGACGGGCUCCGCACAAAGUACUUUCUAGAGCUAGUGUCCGAAUCUGUUUACAGCUCGAGAGUUCUAGAUAUGCUUCUCGAAGUUCAGAAGCUCGACAAUUUGGAUGUCGAAGGGGCGAUCCAUUGUUACUACGAUGUAAUCUCUCAGCCUUGCUCUGUAUGUAAAGAACUCGAGCAAGACGGGCUGUAUGCAUCGCUGCAUUCUUUACCUCUGGAUGAAAGCUUGAAGAUUGUGAAGGACUAUCUGAUAGCUGCAACCGCAAAGGACUGCAGUGUUAUGAUCAGUUUUCAAUCAAGAGAUGACUUGGAUUCUGCGCGCUCGUGCAGUGACGUCUAUCUACAGUCAACCAAGCAAACUUUCGAUUACAAGGUGCAUUUCAUCGACCUAAGCCUGAAACCGCUGGAGAAAAUGGAGGCGUACUAUGAAUUGGAUAAGAAGAUAAUGAGCUGUUAUACAGAGAAGAUGAAAUGCGAAGAUGAGUUGUGACUUUGAGGUAACGAUUUUGCAUUUUGCAUUUUUUUUUUGUCACUGAGAUUAAUCGUUUGUUGUGAUCCUUAUAAGAAUGCGACAUUGAUGUUGAUCCGUGAGCCGACAGUGAGAGUUCCCAUGAAACGGGUACUUCGUGGAUCAACCGAUUUCGGGUAAAACAAAAUUUUACGAGAAUGUUACAAGA